CGGAAAGAGCGGACGGCAUUUACCAAAGAGCAGAUAAGGGAACUGGAGGCCGAGUUUGCCCACCACAACUACCUGACGAGGUUGAGGCGAUAUGAAAUAGCAGUAAACCUGGAUCUCACGGAAAGACAGGUAAGACCCAUGAGGUGCAUCUUAGGACUAUGA